GUUCAGUCUCGUGAUGUAAUUAUACAAAAUACCAUUGUUGAUAAUUUAUAUUCCGUAAAUAUGUUUAUGAAAACCACGGUUUUGGCUGGAAUACAUUUUAUUAAGAAAUGUACAGCAAAUGCAGUAUCAUCAAGAAGCUCUUAUAUACACACUAGUGCAUUUUUAAGCAAAUCGGAGGACCGCAAAGAAAUGUUAGCCUCCAUGCCGGCUAAAGACGAAGGCACCAUUGGCGAAAAGUCUGUCGAUAUUGACACGCUUCUUAACCGAAGAGCGAAGUCCUUUCCUGACGCUAGCACCGCCACGCAGCUUUUCAACGGUAUUCCCUUUAACGAAUUGCCAAUCUGUAACAUACGCGUGUCGCCCAACAACACAAUUAUUUCAGUAACGGACUACAAAGGUGUGCCAAGACUUAUACGAUCUUGCGGAGUCGAAGGUUUCAAAAAUACCCGAAAAGGGACAAACAUUGCAGCACAAGCAACAGCUGUUAGCAUAAGCGGGAAAGCGGUUGAACUUGGCUGGAAGACAAUUAGAGUGAAAGUUCGUGGACUUGGCCCAGGCAGAAUGUCUGCCAUCAAAGGCUUGCAAAUGGGCGGCUUAAAUAUUGUUUCAAUUACUGAUAACACACCUGUAUCCUGGAAUCCACCGCGCCCUAGAAAACAACGAAGUCUUUAAUUGAAGAGAAACACUAUUGAAAAUAGACAAUAUAAAUCAUAUAAAAAUAAAAA